ACAACAACUUAUUACACAAUAAUAAGUUGUUUAACAAUUAUCAAUCGCUACAAUUAGUUUUUCUUGAUUCGAUAAUAUUAAUGGAUCCUAAUAUGUCCAUUUCAACACUUUCUGAGGCACAUCCUGAGACUAUGGACUUUCUUUCUAACUCUUGGUGCAACUUUGCGGUUCAAUCCUUACAACCCGAGUUUUCGGAUGGUGGAUCAUCCAUGCUUGUUCGAGAUAACACCAUGAACUCAUUUGAUUUGAAGAUGGAAAAUGGUAGUCCAAAGAUGGAUGAAGAUUAUAUGAAGUCGGCUCCUCCAUGGAAAUCAAAUGAUCUUAAGUCUUGGAUAUGGAUGCAACAAGCAAUGCACCCCGAAUUAAACUACAGUGGCGGCUUUAGGAAGAAAUGGUUUGAAUGGAAGAUGCCAUUUGGAAAUGCAUCAAUAAAGAAAUGGGUAAAGGAGAUGAAGGAAAAAAGGAAAGAAGGAAAGAGGCUUCAAAGAGCAGAAGUGCAUGCAGCCUUAUCAAUAGCUGGGCUUGCAACUGCACUCGCGGCUAUAGCCGAGGAGUCCUCUAAAGGACAGCUUGAGUAUGAGUCUUGUCCAGCCAGGAGAGCGGCUUUGGCUUCAGCCGCAGCUGUUGUGGCUUCACAAUGUGCACAAGUAGCUGAAUCAAUUGGAGCCAAAAAGGAUCAGCUUAGCUCUAUCAUCGGCUCAGCCAUGAAUGGAACCACCACUAAUGAUAUUUUCACCCUCACUGCUGCCGCUACUACAUCAUUAAGAGGAGCAGCAACACUGAAAGCAAGAUCAGGAUACAAAAGUAGAUUGAAUGGUGAACCAGUUCUGCCAAUUGAUGUGGAUAAUUGCAAGCUUGAUGAUGAUCUUGAUUUUGUCAAAUCCAGAACUACUUUGUCCAAGGGCGCUGAGCUCACUAUCGAGACUGCUAAUGGAAAGUGCAUGGUGAGGAUUGUCUCUGUACAUCUAAACAACGAGGCAAAGGUUAUUAUGAGGAUAAUGAAGCGCAAUUUUCUGAACGUGGUCACAAACAAGAAGGAUUGUGUAGUUCUUGAUCUGCAUGCUGAGCUUUACAAGGAUGAAGGAGGAGAAGAAUUCGAUACAUGUUAUCAAGUUGUUUUAACAACGACAAGGGGGCCAAUCAAGAUAGACAUGGCUGAUGAUUACCAACGAUACAAGAUGUGGGCGACAACCAUCAGUCGAAUGUUGAAGAUGCCUUCAACACUUGCAAAAUAUCAACUUCAGUUCUGCAAGUACUGAGCAUGACCAGAACUGAAGGUUCUUCAUAUUACUCAAAUUCGUUUUAAUAAUGUAUUCCAGUCUGUAGUCUGUGAUAUGUUUCUGUAUAAUUUUUAUGUAUUCCAGUCUGUAGUCUGUAAUAUGCUUCUGUAUAAUUUUUAUGUACUUUUAUCUGUAGUUUUGUAUUUUGCUUCUGUUAAUUAUCACAUAUCCUAUAUAGGAGGGUUCUACCAGGAACAAUUUCCCUUGUAUUAUUUUCACUACAUCCUCUAUUAUAUACAGUAUAUCAAGACUAUCAGUCAUGUUAGUCGAACUCUGUAACUAUUAUCUAGCACAUUUAC